AUGGUCGGCGUGCGCUUUAAGGAGGUCGAGAAGAGAGAUCAGGCAGUGAUCACCACCGGACAUUCGACACCCCAUCUAACACCCCCCUAUACUCCUCCCAUCACCACCACCAUGCCCGGCUUCGACUUCUCCAACCACAAUCGCAACCUCGCCCUCCACUCCCGCGGCGUCCCCCUCCCUAAAGCCACAUCCACCGGCACCACCAUCGUCGGCUGCCUCUACGACGGCGGCGUCGUCAUCGCCGCCGACACCCGCGCCACCUCCGGCCCCAUCGUCGCCGACAAGAACUGCGAGAAACUGCACUACAUCAGCCCGCAGAUCUGGUGCGCUGGAGCAGGCACGGCCGCAGACACCGAAUUCACCACCGCGCUCAUCUCGUCCAACCUCGAGCUCCAUGCGUUAUCGACGGGCAGGAAGCCGCGGGUGGUGACGGUGAUGACGAUGCUGAAGCAGCACCUCUUCCGGUACCAAGGGCACAUUGGCGCGUACCUCGUCGUAGCGGGCUGUGAUCCCACGGGCGCACACCUCUUCACCGUCCACGCGCACGGCAGCACCGACAAGCUGCCCUACGUCACGAUGGGAUCCGGCUCGCUGGCGGCGAUGAGCGUCUUCGAGACGCAAUGGAAGAACAGCAUGACCCGCGACGAAGCCGUUGCGCUCUGCGCCCAAGCCAUCCAAGCCGGUAUCUUCAACGACUUGGGGUCUGGAAGCAACGUGGACGUGUGUGUGAUUACGAAGGAGAAGACGGAGUUGUUGCGGAACUACAUCACACCGAACGUGCGGGAGCAGAAGAUGAGGAAUUAUAAGUUUGCGAAGGGGACGACGGCGGUCUUGGAUCAGAAGGUCAUUACGAAGGAGGAGAUUAGCAAGUACGUGACGGUGCAGGAUAUCGGGGAUGGAGAGACCGGGGUGGGGGAGAAGAUGGAGGUGGAUAGCUGA